GGGACGUGCACACAAUAUAAUAGGGUUUACCCGUUUACAUUACAACUACUAAUACUACAUAGUGUUAGAGGCUUAGUGCCGCACCUUUGGAUCAACGCAUAUUCACUUCACUACUAGUAUCUGCUCCUUUCUCACCUCAACCUCCUAAAAUGUCUAUCACACAAAGCCUCUCCACUCCGCUCUCUUCUUCUUCCUCAACUUUCCUUGCUCCCUCCACCUUCAAUCCCAGGAGUCAGGUGACGUUGCCCGUGAAGAGCUUGGGCGUUUGCAAAUGCAUUGCGGCACCACAAGAAGCUGAUACCGCCUACAAGACGAAGGUCUCUCGCAAUGGAAAUAUUGCUAAACUUCAAGCCGGGUAUCUCUUUCCGGAGAUUGCUAGAAGAAGGAAUGCACACUUGCUUAAGUACCCUGAUGCCAAAGUAAUAAGCCUUGGAAUUGGUGAUACUACUGAACCCAUUCCUGAUGCCAUAACUUCUGCAAUGUCAAAGAGAUCACAUGCAUUAUCAACCGUAGAAGGAUAUAGUGGUUAUGGAGCUGAACAAGGUGAAAAGCCAUUAAGAAGUGCAAUUGCUUCAACAUUUUACCGUGAUCUUGGCAUUGAAGAUGAUGAUAUAUUUGUGUCAGAUGGAGCAAAGUGUGAUAUAUCUCGCCUUCAGAUUGUCUUUGGGUCAAAAAUUAAAAUGGCUGUGCAAGACCCAUCAUACCCGGCCUAUGUAGACUCGAGUGUAAUUAUGGGCCAGACUGGCUACUACCAGAAGGAUGUUGAGAAGUUUGCAAACAUCGAAUACAUGCGAUGUAACCCAGAAAAUGGUUUUUUCCCUGAUUUGUCUUCUAUUUCUCGACCAGAUAUCAUCUUUUUCUGCUCGCCAAACAACCCUACUGGUGCUGCGGCAACAAGAGAGCAAUUGACCCAACUUGUUAAGUUUGCUAAGGACAAUGGGUCUAUAAUAAUCUUUGAUUCAGCAUAUGCAAUGUACAUCUCUGGUGACAAUCCGCGCUCGAUCUUUGAAAUUCCCGGAGCCAAAGAGGUUGCCCUUGAGGUUUCAUCAUUUAGCAAGUAUGCCGGGUUCACUGGAGUUCGACUGGGUUGGACUGUGAUUCCGAAGCAGUUGUUGUUUUCUGAUGGAUUUCCUGUUGCCAAGGACUUCAAUCGUAUUGUAUGUACUUGCUUCAAUGGUGCAUCAAAUAUUUCCCAGGCUGGUGGUCUGGCUUGCCUUUCACCAGAUGGCCUUAAGGCUAUGCAAGACGUUAUUGGAUUCUACAAAGAGAACACUAACAUAAUAGUUGAAACAUUCGAUUCGCUUGGAUUCAAAGUAUAUGGGGGGAAAGAUGCCCCGUAUGUGUGGGUUCAUUUUCCCGGCAGAAACUCAUGGGAUGUAUUCGCCGAGAUUCUUGAGAAGACUCAUGUUGUUACAACUCCUGGAAGUGGUUUUGGACCUGGUGGCGAAGGUUUUGUCAGGGUUAGUGCUUUUGGUCACAGGGAAAAUGUUUUGGAGGCAUGUAGAAGAUUCAAGGAGCUAUACAAAUGAAUUUAGAAUAAUGCUGAUCUAGCAAUAUUGGACUGGAGAGGCUGUUUCUUUUUACCAAUAAAUACCAUUAGUUUCCUUGGAAUUUUA